AGUAAACAUAUCCAGAAACUCAUCAUAAUACAGCUCCGAUCCAGGAACGCGGGGCAGCUUGGGGAUAGCUCGGGUUUGUGAGGGGAACAGUGGGGUGAACUGGGGAAACACCAGUUGAAGGAGCGCCGUUUGAUUGACGGAUAAAUCGUGGGGGGGUGGUACUCUGUUCCAUGACAUAACCGUUGACUGGGGGUCGGGUCAAUUGACUACGAGGUUGUGAUUGUGGAUUGCCCCUUUUCAAUUCAGGGGUAGUAAGUCCCAAGCGUGAUCUCGGUAUCCUACCGAAUAGCACGUGGAUGGACGGCUGCUUCUACCCCAAGUGAGAAAAAGUAGAGUCCGACAUAUUUACGGAGUUUAUUUUGGUCAAAAGGGGCUGCUGCUGCUGAUGCAACACCAGUAGGCUAAGUUCCGAAGGCGACUCGGGACAAACAGAGCGGAAACUUGAGCUCCUACAAGGGCAAGGAAAGCAAACUUCUCUGAGAUGAACCACAGCUUCUUUUGCUGGUGGUAGAAAAAUAUUGCGAGGGUGGACGCGUGGACCCUCGGACUUUGUGUAUAAGCCGUGUUCAGAUCGGAGCGUCCUGGUCAGAGACAAUGCUGGUCGAGUUCCGAUGAUCUUUGGCCAGAUGAUAUUUCGACGAGAAUAAAAUUAAAUAGUCCCAUCAUCUCCUUUCUAAGAUGCCCCUCACUCACCUCAUUACCGCAUCAAGAUCACACUACUCACUGCACAAACCUAUUUCAAGAUGUCUUCCAAGACCUUCAACCUCUCCAAGCCAGACCGAACUGUGCAAGUCGGUGUGAUCCUUCUCGGCGGUCUCACCGAAUUCCUCGACGUGGCACCUGUCGACCUCUUCAACAGCCUCACGCCCAGGUUUCUUCAAACCUUGUCAAGCGCUUUCCUUCCGGUCCAUCUCUUGCAACAAGCCAUAGACAUGGAAUUUCACUGGGUGACUGAGACAGGCAAAACCCCUUCAGUCAGCAACCUUACCGCGCGCACAACCAUCGUGCCGACCGACUCCUUUGCAACCUGUCCUGUCUUGGACAUUGUCCUCAUCGGAGCCUACCACGCUGGGUAUAACCCGACUGAGGCAGAGUUGGCUUAUGUCCGCAAGGCGUACGACAAUUGCUCUGCCUUUAUGACCAUCUGCGGCGGCAUUGAGGUCCCCUUGAGAGCUGGCAUCUUGGAGGGCAAGACUGCCACGGGACCGAGAUUUAUGUUGGAUAUUCUGAGACAGCUGGCACCAGGAACGAACUGGAUUGAGAAACGCUGGGCGAGCGAUGGCAAGUUGUGGACGAGUGGAGCUCUGCUGAACGGGACGGAUAUGGUGGCGGCCUUUCAGAGGGAGGUUUGGGGUGGGAAGUUGCUUACAGAGGAGGAUUCCUUGGUUGAGUUCAUGGCCAGGGUGGGAGGCGUUCCCGUGAGAGACGUUGAUUACAAGGAUGUGGAUUGGAAGCUGUGA